GCGCAUUAUCCUUAUCCUAAAGAAGUUUGGUCACCGGCUGGAGGAUGGUGGUCCCGACCUAAGAAUUGGGCCACCAAUACCGCCGUUUGUAUGGUUGGCAUAGGUUUGGCUACGUGGGGAGUUUGGAGGGUAUCAGCAAGGAAUGAGGUGGGUCAAUGA